GUCUUGAACUGCAGAAGUGUGACAAUGAAAAUUCUUUUGCUUCUUUCAAUUUUCCUUUUAAAUUUCGCCCUUCGCGAUGGGCGUAUUUCGGAAUCACUAAAGGUGACCCUACCGCAUGGAGGUGAAUUAAUUGGAAAGUAUUUGAGCUCGCAUAGGGGCAGAGGGAUACGAGCUUUUAUGGGUGUACCUUAUGCUGAACCACCAGUUGGAGCACUCAGAUUCAGCAAUCCUGUACUCAAGACACCAUGGACGGGAUCUCUUAAUGCUUUCCAAGAAUCAAGCUCUUGCCUCUCAUAUGACUACCUCUUUGGCGGAAAUGUACCAAUUGGAAGUGAAGAUUGCCUCUACUUGAACAUUUAUGUACCUCAAAGACCAAAAACUACAGACCCCCUGCCAGUUAUGGUGUACUUACACGGUGGAGGGUUUCAGAGUGGAAGUGGUGGAAAAGCGUGGUACGGCCCAGAUUAUAUCUUGGAUCAUGAUGUCAUUCUCGUUGUUGGAAACUAUCGUCUCGGGGUUUUUGGAUUCCUCAGCACAAAUACACCCGAUUCCCCGGGGAACUAUGGUCUCAAGGAUCAAGCUCUAAUGCUCAAAUGGGUGCAGGAAAAUAUUGUCACUUUCGGGGGUGAUAAUGAUUCAGUGACGAUAUUUGGAGAAAGUGCGGGUGGAGCAAGUGUUACGUACCAUACUGUUUCUCCCCUAUCUCGAGGACUCUUUCACAGAGCCAUCUCCCAGAGUGGCACACACUUUGGGCUGUGGGCACUGCAGAAGGGUGAAGCAGCAGCGAAAAAUGCAAGAAGAUUGGCUGAAACGAUAAAAUGCCCCUCAAGUGAGGAAAAUGUUCCAGAAAUGUUGGAUUGUCUCCGAAGUAUUUCUGCAAAGGAAAUUAAUUCACAUUUCUAUGAUUUCUUCUAUUGGAAUACACUUCCCAUGAUCAUGUGGUCUCCUGUCAUUGAGCCACAAAGUGAUGGGGCUUUCAUGUAUGAAGAUCCAAAGAAAGUACCAGCCAGUGAGGUACCCCUUAUGAUUGGAAUAACAUCGGACGAAGGACUUAUGCUCAGUGCAGGCUAUACAGCAAAUUCCAAAAAUAUUGAAGACAUCAAGAAUAAUAUAACCGAUAUUUUGCCAUAUUUGUUUUCUUAUCAUGAUUAUGACAGCAAUACUCAGAAAGUUGCAACGAAUAUAAUUAAAGAAUUCUACUUCAAAGAUCGCGACGUAGAUCUAAAUGUCCCGGAAAUAUUUAAAAAUUUUACAAAUCUCGUAUCAGAUGGAUAUUUUACAUCAGCAGUUGAUGCUUUUCUACAAAGUCGUCUGCCAGAAAAUCUCUCAUCCAAUACAUUUUUGUAUUUAUUCAAUCAUAUGGGUGAUAGUGGUUUCGUGGAAUGUUUCUUUAAGGACUUUGAAAAGGACCUUGGAGUUUCACAUUUGGAUGAUUUAAUCUACCUUUUCCCAAUACUGAAGGAGAAUUUCUUCAAAAUCAUUCCAACAGAAGUGGAUGACUUUGUCAGGGAAAAUAUGGUUGCAAUGUGGGUGAAUUUUGCAAAGACAGGGAAUCCCACAACAUAUGCAUAUAAGUUUCCAUUCCCUCAGUGGAAUACAGCAGGUUCGUUCCCGUAUAAUUACUUGAGAAUUGGAAACUUUAAAAUGACUAAUAGGUCAGUUAUUGGCAUGGAAAGAGGACUACUCGAGGAAAGAGCUACGUUGUGGAGAAAAAUUUAUGCUGCAUUGGAAGAAUUAGGAGAAAAUUGAGAAAAGCUUUUUUCUUUAUUCAUUUCUUUUGAUUUUUUUUCUUUAACAGAAUUUUAAAAAGUUAAGAAAUUUUUUUUUCGCAUGGUGAAUUUUUUAAAAUGGUAAAUAAUUAAUCAAUUUCAAGCUCACAUACGCAUGAAAAGAUUUAUAAAUAAAUAUUUCUAAAUAUUUGCAUCAAA